AUGAAUUACUCAUCUGGUGGUAAUGUCUCAAUGACUGUGAGGUACAGGGACACAUUCAGCACAGCUGUGGCAAAGAAUGUACUUGUUUUUACACUAAGCCUCAUCAUCAACUAUGUCAAUGGUACUCUCCUUCACAUCUUCAAGAAACAUCAGAUACUCUAUAUGAAUCCUCGUUACAUCCUAUACAUCCACUUGGUGGUCAAUGACAUGAUGCAGCUCACGGUGGCAAUAGCCCUGUUUGUCCUUAGCUAUAUCUUCUACACACUCAAUGUCUCCUUCUGCUGCCUCCUCGUUUCCAUUGCCAGCCUCACCACCGUCAACACUCCAUUAAAUCUAGCUAGCAUGGCAAUAGAGUGCUACAUUGCCAUUUGUUACCCACUUCAUCACGCUGAGUUCUGCACAGUGAAGAGAACACACAUUCUGAUCAGUUUGAUCUGGGCCAUAGGAGCUAUCACAAUUUUACCUGAUCUGCUUUUCAAACUUGCCACAGAGCCUCUGGAGACCUUCUACUCUCGAAUCUUCUGUGAAAAGGACACAGUGUUCCAUAACUCCUGGAUAAUAAAGAAGAGGGAUGUGUCUUACAUACUGCUGAUGGUUCUAGUAUGGUUAAUUAUCUUCUACACAUACUUUCAUAUUCUCUUUGCUGCUACAGCAGCUGCCACAAAUGCUAAGAAAGCCAGGAAUACCAUCCUACUCCAUGGUUUCCAGCUGCUGCUGUGUAUGCUCACCUAUAUAGCUCCUGUGUUACGACAAUUUCUGCAGCGCAUGUAUCCAGCACAUUAUGUCAAUCUGAUCUUUGUCCUCUACAUCUUUGUCCAGAUCCUCCCCAGGCUUGUCAGUUCUAUUGUCUAUGGCUUACGCGACCAAAUAUUUUUGAGGUAUCUGAAAAACCAUCUACUGUGUACAGUACAUUAUGGACAUCGACCUCCAUGCUCGCUGCAAGACAUGCCUCAGUCCCCAGCAUGCCUGACUGGCUUCAAUUCCCAGGCCACAUGCUCCUACCUUGGAGAGGAAGAUCAGCAGCUACCUCCAGAGAUGUCUGGGGCUUUGAUGGGCACAGGGGCAACUGGACAGGCAGGGCUGGGAACCAUCCCACAACCUCACUAUGAUAAGGCCCGUGGCAAGGAGGUGCAGGCAGGUGUCGAGGAGGAAAGGACCAGCAAAAUUGUGGGCAUACGGCAGCAGGGAGCAUGGACAAGCGGCUUUGCUGACCGCUCACUGUGCAAGGUCUACACUCUACUUAGCAUCACUGGGGAUGCAAAAAGGAAAGCCAUCAAGUCUUCCAUGGAGGCUGCACUGAGGGCCUAA